AAAGCUCCAGAAGAACCGUGUAAUCGUAUUUCUUUCACAAUUAUUUGCUCCCCGAGCAUCCGUCCAUUGCCAUUGGCAACAGAGGAUAGCUAGCUGUGUUCUUUGGAAGACGGAUAUGGCGUCGAUUCAAAUACUCGUCGCGUUGGGCAUGCUGGCGCUAGCCUGCGGAUCACCAGUCGAGCCGCAGCUGGAUACUGUGUGGCUGCUGAGCGUCAACUACACCAGCUAUGCGUAUUCACCGAUCAAGGACCGCCUGCUGGCGUUGCAUCCGGGUGGUCUCGCCGUGGAUGAACUUGACCUAGCGACUCGGACGGUUGCUAAGACCUACCCUAUGCCCAUUCCCGGCUACAGAAUCAGCAUUGGGAAGACCGGCCGUUACGUAUCCGUUGUUCACAACUCGUACAUCACGUUUAUUGAUGUCGUGGCGGAAACAUUGCAGACGGAGAACUUCCCCUAUGCUGAUGUACCGGUUGACGGACUGGUGGUGGAUUUGACGGAGGAACAUGAGACGUGCGCUUGGAUCCAUUUCCGGCAGGGUGGGGGGUAUGUCGGCGAGAUCGUCUGUGUGAACCCGGUUAACGGGAACGCUACCAAGUGCUACCAAGCUGGUGCUUAUGGGUACACAACUACUACAUUGGGUACCUCCGAUGGCAAGUGUGUCUAUGGCCUGACGUCUUCCGGCUACAUUGCCAAGUAUAGAGUGCCCGAUGUUACACGGUCUCCCAUCGCCACACCUCGCUGUCCAUACUUUCUCCGUUCGGUAGUUCCCAACUGGGGGAAUUACUACACACCAAACUCUGCCUGGUUCAGUUACGACAACAGCCGUAUCUUCCUUAACAACGGACUCACGCUCAGUGCCAGCUCUGAUCAAACUGAAGACUUGCAGGAACACGGAGCGUUCAACGGAAGCUUCUACGAGCAAUACAUCUACUGGGUCGACCAGGAUCGCAAGCUGACAACACACCCGGUUGUUGCCCUCCAGCGUAUUUACGCCCGUGGGGAGUUCAAGCUGCACGUAAUCAAGUACUCGUGGCCCUACUUAAAGGCCAUGGGAUCGCCCAUCGACAUCCCAGUGCCCACGUCUCCUGCAGAUCUCAAGGUCGCCACCCACGGCUUUGGUUCCCAGGUAUACUUUGGCACAUCGAGUAGCACGGUCAUGGCUGUGGUCAAUUACACCAUGGACGACCUCAUCCAUGCGCCAGGUGUUGCCUACAUCAAUCUUUAGAGUCAUUCAAUCAGCUCUAGCUGAAGCAGCUGAGGAUGCCAUCAUGCAAGCUGGCAGGCGUGCGGUCAAUACGACAACACCUGUAUCAGCAAGAGAUCUGAGCUGGUCCGCAAGUACAGCCAUGAUAACAAGUAUCGCCUCUCACAAUUCUCACCGUCAGGCCUCACAUGCACUUGUCACACCUCGCAGGCGAGACGCUGCUUUUUUAUGCUGGUGAUUGACGCUGGCAAUACCACUGUCAUUUCUCCUCGCCUCCCUCUGGAACUUGAAGACCAUAUGCAUGUUUGCACCUCAGCCUAUAGUAUAUCCUGUUAGCGCCUCGUUUAUGUCACCCCACCCAGCUCGCACACGUGCACAUUACACUAUUGACAUGUAUUAUUCACGCGGUGCUAUAUUACCCAGUACCCAUGCUAUCUUAUUACCCAGUACCCAUGCUAUCUUAGUACCCAGUACCCAUUCUAUAUUAGUACCCAGUCCCAUUCUAUAUUAGUACCCAGUACCCAUUCUAUAUUAGUACCCAGUACCCAUUCUAUAUUAGUACCCAGUACCCAUUCUAUAUUAGUACCCAGUACCCAUUCUAUAUUAGUACCCAGUACCCAUUCUAUAUUAGUACCCAGUACCCAUUCUAUAUUAGUACCCAGUACCCAUGCUAUCUUAGUACCCAGUACCCAUGCUAUAUUAGUACCCAGUACCCACGCUAUACUACCCACUCUUACUGCCAGCCUAUAUCAGUCACGCCUUCAGAACAUUGUAUUCAAUCUGGUCUGACGAUCUCAAAACUGUGAAAUUCAGGGUUACAGCAGAAACGCUUUUGAUUCCUUCUUUUUUCUAUGUGUAUUAUAGGCGAUUUCAGACCACGGCCAACUGUGACUACGUUUCUAUGA